GUCCUGCCCAGAGUCCAGCUCCAAAAGAGUGAGAGAGGGUAGAGGUGAAAGAAGGGAGCACCCAGCGGCUAGAGAGGCACACAUGAAGGAGAAAGACAAAGAAGGGGCCGAAGGAGAAGAGGAGAAAGAAGAUAGACCCAGGGUCAAUUACAGAUGGACCCAGAAAACACAAGUGACGGCAAUUCGGAGGCAGAGAGGCCAGCCCUCAGAGAAAGAAGACAGACAGGACCCUGGGCUGGGACCAGAAAAGACCUGGGGGGUGAGCAGGGUGCCCACGUGGCCUCUCUGGACCAUCCUUCUGCUGGUACGGCCCUUGGGAGGCCUAGGAUCACCCCUCUGCCCUCGGGAGCCUUUCUACUUCCUUGUUGCCAUCAUGAAGAUGCUGGGAAACAAAAAUGAUGGCACUCUCUACACCCCAGAUGAUCUCUCGGUGUGUCCUGCUGAGACACUGGGCUGCUUUCGGCUGGAGCUGUCUGUGAUCCAGUUUGAAGAGGGCCCAUCCGUCGGGAUUGCUGUGUUCCGGCUACAGCGUCUGCUGGAUGCGCUGGGGGCCCGGCUGUGGGUGACUGGCCAGGGUCCUUGUCCACCCUGUGAAGGACAUCCCCAGCGACCCGUCCCCCUCUUUCUGGCCAAACUAUUGGAGUUAUUACAGGGGGCUUGUGCUCGGCGCCUGUCCUCAGCAUGAGCCUGGGGGGACACAGACCCCUUGGUACUGCCAGAGGGGCUUGGGGGGGAGAGAUGGGGGCCUUGGUCUCCAGCCCCAGCUGCCCAUCCUAAGCCUUCUCCUACUAGGCCAGAGGACCCCAUCUGGAGCCCAUGGAGCCAAGGGGAAGAGAGGAGGAAAAUAAGAUCUGAAGCCUGAAGUCUCAGACCUACUGGGGUAGGGGGUUGGGUAAAUUGGUCCCCAGCUGCCCCUGGUCUCCAUCUGAGGCACUCCCUCCUCUCUCCUCUUCCAGGAGGGGACAAGCAUCGCGCAGGUGUCUUCCACCCUCAUCCCACCCUAGAGGACAGGGAGAGUCUUGUGCCUCAUGUCCCUGGUGGCAAAUAUUUACCCUCUGGAGAGCUUCUCGAGGAAUACUGACGGCUAGGCUAGAUCUUGAACACUAGGCUAGAUCUUGAUCAUCAGUCUCUGCCGGAUCCUGAACAUCUAUAGUUUUAAAAUCAACUUUAUUGAUGUGUAACUUACGUACAGGAAAAAGCAUACAUUUUAAACAUACA